CUCGGUAGCCAUGACGGUCCGAAGUCUCACACUUGGUGUGUUUGUUGUGGUACUACAAGUUCAUACCAUAUUUGGCCAAAAUUGUGUAAGUGGACCGCCAGAUUAUCUGUGUCCAGGAAUUCCGACGUCCCUGGAAGUGUAUCUGCAGCACGAAUCCUACUGCAAUCGUUUCUACAGGUGUAACGAGGGUAAAGCAGUGGAAGGCCGUUGUCCGUCAGGACUUUACUUCAAUCCGAAGGAAAAUCUUUGCUGUCCGGAACAUGAUUUGUGCUAUCGAUCGAGUGUUUGUUCGCUGGUCGUUCCAGGAUGCGAACGAUGUGCGAAAGAUUUUGUUCGCGGAGGAGUGACUCCUCAAGAUUUCUAUGUGUGCAACUGCGACGGAAGUGGAGUACCACAACGUUGUGGCUGGGGGAUCGACUCCGUCUCUAAGAAAAACCUCACACUUAGCUUCAUUAACGGACGCUGUGAAAAUCCCGAUGCCACAUUAUCGGCGGCUAAGGGCUAUACCGGAGACAAAAACGGAGAUGGUGACGAUAGCACACUAGAAGAGCUGCUGAAAAAGGUACAAGAUUUACUUAGUAAAACUCUCGGUGGUGGUGGCGGCGAUGGUGGUGAUGGCGGCGGCGGUGACCAAGGUUUGUUAGAUCCAGUGAUAGACGGGUUAACUGGUGGCGGUAACGGCGGCGGCGGACAAGGAGGGGACGACCAAGGACUGUUAGAUCCUGUGAUAGACGGUUUAACUGGAUCAGGUGGAUCAGGUGGUUCAGGUGGAGGGGGAGAUCAAGGUUUACUAGAUCCUGUCGUAGAUGGAUUACUAGGUAGUGGCGGAACAACGACAGCAGCUCCAGGCGGAGGAUGGCCAACGACAACAGCUGCAGCUAGAGAAGCAGCCGCAGAUGCAGCCGCUGCAGCAUGUACAACAACCACCACCGUAACCACCACAUAUCCAGCCUAGAAGUUCUUAUCAACAUCACCAUCAGGAUUAGAGAUGCCAUAGAUUAGUGAACGUUAGAGAUAACAGCCCCAGAUGUAAAAUAGUAUCAUAAUGCUACGAGAGUACAGCGACAAAAACCAACAAAUAAAUAUUUGAAA